AUGGUUCUCGCCGCUCGUUGCGGGCAGGCUACGUCCUCCCUCCUUCGCCAGAGAUGUCUGGCUGAGACCCGUCGUUCCGCUUUCGCUCUGCGCCCCUUCACUUCUCAGACUACGGCCCGGUCGACGGCUUCGACUCUGCGAUUGCAACAGAAGGUCGCUUCGCCAUUGCGAUCACAGCAACUCCGUUCCUUCUCCAGCGCUCUUCGUCGCUUGUCUUCAGAGGCGUCAAACCCCCCUUCCGCUGACAGCUACAUUGCCAGCGGUGUUGUCAAGCCUGGCAGCAACCUGGUGGACGUGAAGAAGGUUCUGGUCAUCGGUAGUGGUGGUUUGAGCAUUGGACAGGCUGGAGAGUUCGAUUAUUCCGGUUCUCAGGCCCUCAAGGCUCUCAAGGAAGCUGGCGUCACCUCGGUUCUGAUUAACCCCAACAUUGCGACCAUUCAGACCGAUCACAAGCUUGCCGAUGAAGUCUACUACCUCCCAGUUACCCCCGAAUAUGUGACUCACGUCAUUGAGCGCGAGCGCCCCGAUGGUAUCUUCCUGUCCUUCGGUGGUCAGACCGCCCUGAACCUUGGUGUGCAGAUGAACCGCAUGGGUAUCUUUGAGCGUUAUGGUGUCAAGGUUCUCGGAACGAGCAUCAGGACCCUCGAGACCAGCGAGGAUCGUGAUCUGUUCGCCAAGGCCCUGAACGAGAUCAACAUCCCCAUCGCCGAGUCCAUCGCCGUCAGCACCCUUGACGAGGCUCUGAAGGCCGCCGAGGAGGUCGGGUACCCCAUCAUUGUCCGUUCCGCCUACGCGCUUGGAGGUCUGGGCUCUGGCUUCGCCGAGAAUCCCGAGGAACUGAAGAACUUGGCUUCUCGCUCCCUGACCCUCGCCCCCCAGAUCUUGGUUGAGAAGUCUCUCAAGGGCUGGAAGGAGGUUGAGUACGAAGUCGUCCGCGAUGCUUCUAACAACUGUAUCACCGUCUGCAACAUGGAGAACUUCGACCCUCUGGGUAUCCACACUGGUGACAGUAUCGUCGUUGCCCCCAGUCAGACGCUGUCUGAUGAGGAGUACCACAUGCUCCGCACAGCCGCUAUCAAGAUCGUUCGCCACCUUGGUGUCGUUGGUGAAUGUAACGUGCAGUACGCUCUGCAGCCCGAUGGACUUGACUACCGUGUCAUUGAGGUCAAUGCUCGUCUCUCUCGUUCGUCCGCUCUGGCCUCCAAGGCUACUGGCUACCCCCUUGCCUACACUGCUGCUAAGAUCGGUCUGGGCCACACUCUGCCCGAGCUUCCCAAUGCCGUCACUAAGACCACCACCGCCAACUUCGAGCCCAGUCUGGAUUACAUCGUCACCAAGAUCCCCCGUUGGGAUUUGAGCAAAUUCCAGCAUGUCAACCGCGAUAUCGGUAGUGCCAUGAAGUCCGUCGGUGAGGUCAUGGCUAUCGGCCGUACCUUCGAGGAGUCCUUCCAGAAGGCUAUCCGCCAGGUCGAUCCUCGCUUUGUCGGUUUCCAGGGUGACAAGUUCGAGAACCUGGAUGAGGUCCUGAAGAACCCCACUGACCGCCGCUGGCUCGCCGUCGGCCAGGCCAUGCUCCACGAGAACUACUCCGUGGACAAGGUCCAUGAGCUGACCAAGAUUGACAAGUGGUUCUUGUACAAGCUCCAGAACAUCGUCGACUGCAACAACGAACUCAAGGAGAUCGGCAGCCUCUUUGGCAUCAAGAAGGAGAUGAUGCUCAAGGCCAAGAAGCUUGGUUUCUCCGACAAGCAGAUUUCUCUCCUUGUUGGCUCUACUGAAGAUGAGGUCCGCGCUCGCAGGAAGAGCUUCGGCAUCAGACCCUGGGUCAAGAAGAUUGAUACCCUGGCUGCUGAGUUCCCGGCUGACACCAACUACCUGUACACCACCUACAAUGCUACUUCCCACGAUGUCACCUUUGACGACCACGGCAUUAUCAUUCUGGGCAGCGGUGUUUACCGUAUCGGAAGCUCUGUUGAGUUCGAUUGGUGUGCCGUCAAUGCUACCCUUUCUCUGCGCAACAUGGGCAAGAAGACUGUCAUGAUCAACUACAACCCCGAGACCUACUCCACUGACUUCGACACUGCUGACAAGCUCUACUUCGAGGAACUCAGCUACGAGCGUGUCAUGGAUAUCUACGAGCUGGAGGCCGCCAGUGGCGUUGUUGUCUCCGUCGGUGGACAGCUGCCCCAGAACAUUGCCCUCCGUCUCCAGGAGACUGGUGGCGCCCACGUUCUGGGUACUGAUCCCCAGGACAUUGACAAGGCUGAGGACAGACACAAGUUCUCCCAGAUCCUGGACAGCAUUGGUGUAGAUCAGCCUGCGUGGAAGGAGCUUACCUCGGUUUCCGAGGCUGAGCGCUUCGCUGAGACUGUUGGAUACCCCGUCCUGGUCCGUCCCAGUUACGUCCUGUCCGGUGCUGCCAUGAGCGUCAUCUACGGCGUGGAUGAGCUCAAGGAGAAGUUGCUCAAUGCCAGCGCUGUCUCUCCUGACCACCCUGUCGUCAUCACCAAGUUCAUUGAGGGCGCUCAGGAAAUUGAUAUUGACGCUGUCGCUGCUAACGGCAAGCUUCUUCUGCACGCCGUCAGUGAGCACGUCGAGCCCGCUGGUGUGCACUCCGGUGAUGCCACUCUGGUUCUCCCUCCUGCCUCUCUGGAGCAGGAUGUCAUGGACCGUGUCAAGGAGAUCGCUGAAAAGGUCGCCAAGGCCUGGAACAUCACCGGCCCCUUCAACAUGCAGAUCAUCAAGGCCGACCAGGAAGGUGCUGCUCCUCAGCUGAAGGUCAUCGAGUGCAACCUCCGUGCCUCCCGUUCCUUCCCCUUCGUCAGCAAGGUCCUCGGCACCAACUUCAUUGAUGUCGCUACCAAGGCGCUUGUCGGACGUGAUGUCCCUGAGCCCGUUGAUCUGAUGAAGGAGAAGCGUGACUACCUUGCCACCAAGGUGCCCCAGUUCAGCUGGACCCGUCUUGCCGGUGCCGAUCCCUUCCUGGGCGUCGAGAUGUCCAGUACCGGUGAGAUUGCCUGCUUCGGCAAGGAUCUCGUCGAGGCCUACUGGGCCUCCUUCCAGUCUACCAUGAACUUCCGCAUGCCUGAGCCCGGUGAGGGUAUCCUGCUCGGCGGAGAUAUCAACAACCCCGCUCUGGCACAGAUCGUUGACUACCUGAACCCUCUUGGCUACAAGUUCUUUGCCGCCAGCCCCGAGGUCCAGGCCCACCUCCAGUCCGCCACCAAGGACAAGGUUUCCGUCCAGGUGAUUGAGUUCCCCAAGGAGGACAAGAGAACCCUCCGUGAAGUGUUCCAGAAGUACGACAUCCACGGAUGCUUCAACCUUGCCAAGUCUCGUGGCAAGACUCUGCUUGAUGAGGACUACGUUAUGAGACGUAACGCUGUCGACUUCGGCGUGCCCCUCUUCAUGGAGACUAAGACCGCUCUCCUCUUCGCUCAGGCCAUGAACGCGAAGCUGCCCCGUCCCGAGGGCAUUCCCUCUGAGGUCCGCAGCUGGUCCGAGUUCACCGGCGGCAAGCUGCUGUAA